CCGGCACUUCCUGUUGUGUUUUAAUGUCGCUCCGUGCUGCGGCUGGGCAGAUAUGGGAGAGCAGCGCAGCCUGCCCGUGAAGAAACGCGCUCUCUUCAAACACCGCUGGACCUUAUAAGACCGCACAAGAAGCAGCGGGCAGCGGUGAUCCUCCGCCGCGGGGGGUCGGGGGGGGGGGGGGGCCUGUGACACCCUCAGCCCGCCUCUUGGUGCCCGCGAAAUGGCACUGAGCUCGGGCGGCUGGGCUCCGCCAGCGCCGGCCCCCGGCUCGUCGUCCCAGCCGGCUGCGUGCGGCGGGCCCGCGCCGGCCGCCUGCUGCACCACCGUGCUGAUGUCGGUGCGGGUUUCCGUGUGCCACUCCGGCAUCCGGCCCCUGUGCCUGCCCGGCGCCGGCAGCGAGACGCUGCGCCUGCAGCUCAGCAUGGACCCGAUCCGGGCCGGGGAGUUCCGGCUGGCGCUGCGCGACACGAGCGGAAGCCGCAGCGUGUUCAUUGCAGAGUUUGACCUGCGCUCAGUGCAGUACGAGGUCAAGUCCCCUCGCUGCCAUGAGAUGCGUCUCGCCGCACCGCCGCACGACUGCAUCCGCUUCAACUUCCGCUGCGACCGAGAGGCCGAGGAGUGGGCCACAGUGGUGAUGUCGUCACUGAGAGAGGCACACAGAGUCGCAAACAUUAACGCGUACGAGUCCGACGGCAGACUCAACAGCACGGCAGAAGCCAUGGAGCAGUGGAGCUCGGCCUCACUGCCUCUUACUGAGGAGCUGUGCUUGGAGCUCGCCAGGGCAAUAGAGGCAGGUGACACUCAAGCCGCUUCGCAGCAUGCAUCUGCUCUGGCGCGACAGAAAGCGGCGCUGACAAUUCAGCUGUCUGAAAAGAACUACGCCGACGGAGAGAUUAGUUUGUCGGUGGUGGUGGAGGAUGUUUCGUCGUCCUGUUGCGUCACAGUGAAAGUGUUCCCCUACAUGACGGUGGCCGCGCUCAAGCAACAGGUGUUCCUCGAGUACGGUUUCCAUCCUCGCGUGCAGCGCUGGGUGAUCGGUCAGUGUUUGUGCACCGAGCCGAGGUCACUGGCGUCCUACGGGGUGCAGAAGGACGGGGACACGGCGUACCUCUACCUGAUCUCCGCUCGACAGGCCCACGUCACCCGCCAGCUGUUCCAGCAGGACCUGGAGAGCGCCCUCCUCGCCCCGCCUCCCCCACCGGGCAACGGACCCAGCUCCCAGGACUGGAGGGCCUAUAGCACUCUGCCCUCGAGGCUUCCCCACAACAACCAGGGUGGAGGAAGCAAUAGACCAGGUGAUAUCAAAGACGUCCUCGACAUAGAGAAUCUGCACCUGAAUGAUCACACCAACAAAACCAGUAAAACACAGCAGACGGAGUGGGCGUGUCCCUCAUGCACUUUCAUCAACAAACUGUCUCGUCCAGGCUGCGAAAUCUGCGCCACGGCCAGACCGGACACGCACGUCCAUCAGGAGAAAGGGCGGAGAGAGGACCGCGGCGAGUCCGGUUCGAGCAGCAGCAGCUGACUGUCCAUCAUCACACUCUUGGUUGCAAUUUUUUUCUCACUUACUUACUUACACACACACACAGGUAUACACACUCACACUCACUCACGCACACACACAGAAUGGGGUUGCUAAAAAAAAAAGACUGUCAAGCGCACAGAGUCCUCUGACAGCGCGCCGGCUGCUGAAGACGAGAACGUCUGAGGCACUGUAGCAUGACACGGGCUCGGACGACAGUCGAGGCUCUGAUGACGAACUGCAGCAUCAAGCUUUGACCAUUCGUGUGGACAAGACAUGCAUCUGAAUUUGGCCAGACCUCUUUAUUUAUUUUACAGGGAGUGUGUGUGUGUGUGUGUGUUUGUGUGUAUUCUGACUAUUAUUUAUUUCAGGAGAGAGAGAGAAGUUCAAAUAAGUUCUUUGCGUUCAGUUGCAUCUGAAGUUGGGGGAAUGUGGUACUUUUCCGUUUCUGCCGACUGUGAAACGAGAGACGAAACAGGCGAAGCCUCGUGCAAUACACUGUUCUGUUUCGGGUGUGCGUCGUCUGUUGGUGCCAAAAUGUUUUGAAAUUUAAUUUUUAAACCAAGAGCUAUGGAAAAUGAACAGAGAAGGAAUGUUGCGUUUACAGGGUCGUUAAGUGCUUUUAUUUUUUUAUAAACGUUGUAUUCUGUGUAUUAUUUUUAACGUGAUGCGUUGAAUAAUUGAUGUACAUUGUCAGUUGAUCUAAUUUGACUUAAUUCCCUCUUGAGCUGUGACAGCAAUGGAAUGAUCUGUUUUCAGUACAUAAUACUGUAAACAUCUGCAUUAGCUGAAUAAACAUAAUGGAACUAAAA